GUCUAACCUAUAGUGGUUUUGCCCUUUGAAAGAAAAAGGAGCAAAUAAUUUUGUUCACUUAUCUUUUGCAAUAUGAGUCGUUUCUUUGCAACUGGUUCAGACUCUGAAUCUGAUAGUGCCUCAGAAGAGGAACAGAUUCAGAGGGCACCAGCCACAGCUUUUACGUUCAGUGAUGAAGAAGAAGAAACAAAGAGGGUUGUACGUUCAACAAAAGAAAAAAGAUAUGAAGAAAUUGCUAAUCUGAUCAAACUAAUAAGAAACUAUAAAAAGAUCAAAGAUAUGAGUAGCAUGUUUUCCAGUUUUGAGGAUUUAAUGCGUGCCUAUCAAAAGGCAUUACCAGUAAUUACAAAGGAAGAAGGUGGUCAAACACCACGUUUUUAUGUCCGGUGUUUGGUGGAAAUGGAGGACUUCAUCACUGAAGUGUGGGAGGAUCGUGAAGGACGUAAAAAUAUGUCAAAAAAUAAUUCAAAGUCAUUGACAUCAUUGCGACAGAAACUUCGUAAAUAUAAUAAAGACUUUGAAGAGGAUAUAAUCAAAUUCAGAGAAAAUCCAGAUCAAGAUGAUGAUGAAGAUGAGGAAAAACCAGAUGAAGUUAUAGAAUCAGAGGAAGAAGAUGACAGUGCAGUUGCAUUUAAGAAAGCUGGUUCUGAGGCAAGCGAACCAGAUUUAUCUAAAUUCAAGAAAAGUGUGGCCGAUGGUGAAGAUGGUAGUGAAAGCGAAUCUGAUUGGGGUAGUUCGUCGGAUAGCGAGAGUACAAGCAGCGAGGAAGAGGGUCAAUAUCAAAACAUACGUGAACGAUAUAUCAAGAAUAAGGCGGCAUAUAAGGAAGAAGACGAGGAUAAGGCAAAACGGAAAGAACAGCGAAAGGAACGCAAGGAAAAGGAAAGGAAGAAGAAGAAAGAUGAAGAUGAUGGUGAAGGCGAGUGGGAGACCGUUAAAGGCGGUGUGGCUAUUCCGUCUGAGAAGCCUAAAAUGUUUGCAAAAGAUGCUGAAAUUAACGUGACUGCAGUUUUGAAAAAACUCUCCGAGAUUAUUGCUGCUCGUGGUAAAAAACGUACAGACAGACGAGAACAGAUUGAACUGCUGUACGAAUUACAAUGCAUAGCUGAUUCUCAUAAUCUUGGAUCAGCUGUAGCAGUGAAAAUUAAGUUUUCCAUUGUAUCUUCUAUUUUUGAUUACAACCCUAAAGUAUCGGACGCGAUGAAACCCGAAUAUUGGUCAAAGAUUCUGGAACGUAUAACAGAGAUGCUUGACAUGUUGUUAGAAACUAAAGAUAUGAUAAUCGCUGAAGUUAUUUCCGAGGAAGGAGAGGAAUACGAAACUCCUCCAUAUAAAAUACACGGAUGUGUGCUGACACUAGUAGAACGGUUAGACGAGGAAUUUACGAAGCUGUUGAAGGAACGCGAUCCACACAGUAAUGAAUACGUCGAAAGGUUGAAAGACGAGAAACAAGUGUCUGCAAUAAUAGACAAAGUUCAGGAAUAUUUAGAAAGGCAAGGAACUGUUUCAGAACUUUGUCGUGUAUAUCUACGUAAAAUAGAGCACUUGUAUUAUAAAUUCGAUUCAAAUGUUCUUAAACAGAAAGAAGGAGAACUUGGUCCAGAAGUUGUAACGUCUGUACAAGUUAUGGAAAAGCUUUGCAAAUACGUUUACGCUCACGAUGGAACGGAUAGGCUUAGAACUCGUGCGAUUCUUUCCCAUAUUUAUCAUCACGCUCUUCACGAUAAUUGGUUCCAAGCACGUGACCUUAUUUUGAUGUCUCAUUUACAGGAGACUAUUCAACAUUCCGACCCAGCCACACAAAUUUUGUAUAACAGAACAAUUGCCCAUUUGGGCUUAUGCGCAUUCCGGCACGCAAACAUCAAAGAUGCACAUAACUGUUUGGUUGAUUUAAUGGUAACAGGGAAGGUUAAGGAACUUCUGGCACAAGGUCUUCUGCCUCAAAGACAACACGAGCGUAGCAAAGAGCAAGAGAAGAUUGAGAAACAGAGGCAAAUGCCUUUCCACAUGCAUAUCAAUUUGGAACUUCUCGAAUGCGUUUAUUUGGUUUCUGCUAUGCUCAUUGAAAUUCCGUACAUGGCCGCGCACGAAUUUGACGCAAGGAGAAGAAUGAUUUCCAAGACUUUCUACCAACAAUUAAGAUCGAGUGAACGUCAGUCGUUAGUCGGUCCUCCAGAAUCUAUGAGAGAACAUGUCGUGGCCGCAGCGAAAGCGAUGCGCAACGGAAAUUGGCUGGCAUGCAAUAAUUUCAUUAUCAACGAAAAGAUGAAUGCUAAAGUUUGGGAUCUUUUUUACCAGGCAGACAAAGUCCGUGAAAUGCUAACGAGACUGAUUAAGGAGGAAGCGCUAAGAACAUAUUUGUUCACCUAUUCACACGUCUAUGAUUCAAUUUCUAUGCCCAAAUUAGCAGAAAUGUUUCAGUUGAAACGAUCUAUUGUUCAUUCUAUUAUCAGCAAAAUGAUUUUCAACGAGGAGCUGAUGGCGUCUUUGGAUGAUCCAACAGAGACUGUUGUGAUGCAUCGCAGCGAACCAAGCCGCCUUCAAUCCCUGGCAUUACAGCUUAACGAUAAAGUGAACAACUUCGUCGACUCCAACGAGCGUAUCUUUGAAAUGAAACAAGGAAACUACUUCCCAAGAGGAAAUCAAGGAAACUUCCGCGAUAGACAAAAUUACAACAGACAGGGACAAGAUUGGGGCCGUCAGAGACGCGAUCGUGAUCGAGAUCGUAACCGAGAGGAAAAUCGAAAUUAUUAAAUCAAAGAACAUCGAAUACUAUUUACUUGGGCGUUUAACAUUGGAUCAUUGUUCUAUCAUGUACACAUUCAUGUAAAUAAUGUUGGAAAUAACAUUAUGCAAAGUAACGGUAUAUUAUUUUACUGUACUAUUGAAAUAU